GCCGGCAUCAGCGUACACGCUCGUUGACUGCGCACACCAACAUGUCCACCAUGGAUGUAGAUCACAUUUCUCCAACAUCGUCUCCCGUCAAUCCUAUAAAACGCGCUCCAGUCACGUACGGAAGGCGUAGGGACCCCCAGCUUGCAAUACGCGACUCUUCCGUAACACUCACCGACUACAACUCUCCUCGUGUAGAAUCGGAGCCUUUGGGCGGUAAGGCAAGUGAAUCCGCCCAUGAAUUGGCGCUCGAUGCGUUGCAGGGUUCACAAUCCUCUUCAACGACUUGUAUAAAUGAUAAUAACAUGGACGAUGCCAGUCCUAAACAUCAGUUUGGCUGGAGAGCUCAAUUGAAAGCGCUAGACGAAGCCUUCGAUAAUGACCAGGAGCCACUUGCACAGUCUCGGGUUGCUGAGCGGUUGUCUUCGUCGUCACCCGUUCAUCCUCAACCCUUUGUGGAGAAUCAAAUCAUUCACGUAGAUGCCACGCCUCUUUCUCCAGUACCACAAAAUUCCGACGGACUUUCUGAUGGCACACUGUUACCCCCUACGAGCGACCCAUCCGCCUCCCCAAUUGAUGAGUCUCUUGAAGAUUCACCGAUUAUUUCUCGCAAGGUCAGACGCUCGAAGAAUUGUGUCGACUCUGAUUCUGAGCGUGAAGAGUCCAAAAAUUCCUCAUCGGUAUCGCCUGUUCACCAUCCAAUUAACACUCCUCAGCUGCGAUCUCCUCCCACACCUUUGACAUCAGAGUUGGAAAUGCCUUUAACGAGGCCCAAGGCCAACAAAGGCAAGGGGAAGGCACCUGCUCGGGAUGUCCCUCCGCUUCGUUUUGAGAGUGAAUCAGUUUCGACGAGUCCCACGUCAAAGAGGGGUAGCAAAUCUAGGCGGAAGGAUGAAUCGGCACGCCUCAAAAUCAAGGCUCCGACUAAAAAGGACCUGCGUGAAACUGUUCUGGAGAGUUCGCGUAUUACUGCGAGCAAGAAUAUCCAAGUGGCGCGUACUGAGCAAACAAAGUACACCAAGCAUCGGCUUUUUGAGCUGGUCAAGGAUGAAGCCUUGCGUAAGGAGAAACAGGAGCCUGAGCUUCCCUCAGAUCCAAUAUCUAUUUUUUCCUCGCCUUCCGUGCUACCCGCUGCUGAAGCACGGAAAAAAUUUACACAAGGCGCAUCUUCAUUCGGCGCACCUUCACAUUUGCUUGGAUCUUCUACUAUUGUGCGUCCUUGCGUACAAACUCCUCCCAGAAAUCCUCCGCGGCGUGCGACUUCCCAGCCGCGGUCAGUGGCAUCCGAUAGCUCUGACGAACAGAUGCCGAAUCUUACCAACAUGUUGAGGCAAGAGCAUGCCAAACGAAAGGAAGUUGAUGACAAACGUGCUCUCGCAGAGUUAAAGCAGCGAGCCAUUCAAGACGCAGCUAGGCGGUUAUCUAGGGCCGAAGAUAGCGACGAUGAUCUGGAGAUUGUUGAUAACAACAUGCAUGUAACAGCCCAAGAAGAGGCAGCGAAACGCAAAACUGACAAGCUGCAACAUAUUACUCCUUCGAAGGGGAAGGCGAGACAACUUGCGUUGAGCCGGAAAUCUAUACCAGGACCGUCCGGCUCCCGUGCGAAGCCUUUUGCACAAGCCAACAUGUCCGAGUACCUCAGACAAUCCGCGAUGUCGUCAUUCGAUCAGAAGGGAAGGGGAAAGGGCGCUAAGGUCCCACUCACCGCACAGCAAUUAAACAAAGCGCUCAUACAAAAAGCUGAGGCUAGCAAGCUUGCGACAAUUCAGCAGCGAGAAGAGGACUGGAAACAAAGAGGAGGCAGGGUAUUAGAAGAGCCUGCAGAAGCUGCGGGGAACACGUCAUUCAGAGACAGGCUUGAUGUAUAUGUGCAGAAGGGGCUUCAAGUAGCAGAGCGCGACGACUUUACUGUUGGCGACAUGGAAGUAGACGACACGGACGAGGACGACACAGAUUAUGCUCCAGAGCAAGCGAGUGAUCGGGAAAACCAACCAGGUCUCGAUGUCGAUGAUGUUGCAAGCCAACAGACGGACGUUGAAGAUGAGGAGCACCAAGUGCAUAGGCGCGGUAUUCGUCGCCCUCUAAUAGUGGCUUCCGACGAUGAGGAUGAUGCUCCUAGAAUUCUUGUGCCCAAUUCCUCCAUCCAAGACUUGGCCUCCGACGCCAUAGUGACACGUCAUUCGGAAUCGGACCAAACGGAGGACGAGAAUGACAAGGAGAACAGUCAAACGUUGAUGUACGACAAAAGCGAGGAUAAGGAAAACAAGGCUGUUGUUCGACACUCGCAUUCAUUGGCGAGACCUCCCUUAUGUAGUAGACCAGGGUCGCUUCUUGACGUCGAAGAUGUUGUUCACAUGAUAUCAUCGCCCUCAACAUCGUUGGGAGGUAUCGGCGGCCCCUCUGGUUCUCCCGAACAAAAUUUGCCGCGUUCGCCAUUGAGGGAGAUUGCUCAAGAUGACUCGGGUUCCCCAAGCUCAAAGUCCCCGUUUACCACCAGACUCCGCCAAUCUACGUCAAAGUAUACGACAUCCCUACCAGGAGAAUCGUUUUCCGACAUUGAGGACGAGGAGAACAUGGUUAAGGAUUUCGAACCCCGCACACUACUACCUUCCUUUUCUGAAACUUUCAGCAAGAGCAAUCCUGCGUCCUUUGUACCUCGGGAUCCUCUUGUAAAUGGAGGAGGUUUUUCGCAAUUUUUCUCAGAUGAAAAGGAUGAAGAGCCCAGCUUCAAGAACGGGAACUGCAAUGAGCUCGCUUUGUCGCUUGAUAUUGGACUGGAGCCCGCACUAGAAGUCAGCAGUACUCUGCGCAGGAGGGCUGACAAUAUUUUUGAAAAAGAACAGGAGUAUGUUAUAGAGAUCGCAAAUGACGAUCAGAAUCAGGAAAAUAAUGACCCUGAAUGGUACAUCCGAGAGAACGGGUUCUUGACGCAGACAUCGGAACCUAAUGCUGAACAAUAUCGCGUCAAGUCUUUGCGGAGGUCGCCGCUUCUGGCAUCUCAAACAUUGUUGGGUGAUUUAAUUCCGUCGUCGUGUGAGCGUGCUCCACUCCAAACGUUGUCCUUCGAGGCAAGGCAAGAAUCACCAGAUGUACAACCUCUUCUUUACCGAUUAAGGCGGCGCAGUAGCUCGCCAUUGGAGAGGAAAUCCGCCAUACAAGAUGACGGCUCUCUUCUACCCCCUCUACUUAUUUCUCAGCUGCCCAAGAGAAAUGCAUUUGAUGUCUUGGGAGGGCAUCCGACAUCCAAUGCGCUCAAACCAAAGCUGGACAAGUCUGAAUUCAUUGCUGCGGAGGCUGAGGAAUCAGAUGAGGACGAAUUAAUUGGCUUUGGACCUAUCCAUAAAGACGACGACGAAGAGGCAGAGGAUGAUGAUGAUGAGAAAAUUUUGGAGGGUCUUGUCGAUGAUGCAGCCAUGGACAUCGAGACAGAAAGGGUCGAUUUGGUCCAGGAGAAGUUCAGAGAGCACGAGGAGGAAGAUGACAAGAAGUUGGAGAAGCUUCACCAGGAUGCCAUCGAUGGCAAAUUUAGAAUGAAGCGUCGCGACCGUGGGAUCGGUUUCGAAGAGGAUAGCGACGAGGAGGAGGACGAGAAUAACAGGCGAAUACGACGGAGUAUGAACAAGAAACGCAAGAUUGAUGGUGAUACUCUCGAAGACCUAGGUCGAAACCAAGAAACAAAAGCAUUCUACGACGCAUAUCAGCAUGAGUUGAUUGAUGACGACUCUGAGUUUGCCCAUUUGCAGACAGAUACACAAAUGGUUAGCGAAGAUGAAGAUGAAGAUGAGGAGACGAGGAAUGUGGUGCUGACUGAAGAUCUGAAUGCCGAGCUCAGGGAAGCGGCCAGGAAUAGAGAAGAAACUUCUGAAACUCUAGAUCUGGAGGACACAUCAUGGAUCGACAGGGCGGACGAGGAUAACGAUAGCCAUGUUCCUGUCAAAGUAAUGGCAGAGCACUACAACAAUGGACCUGCAAAACGACCCGCACUGUCCCACGUAGACUUUGGUCCGGAGCGCCCGAAUCGGAUAUUGGAGAAUGACCAAGAGAAAACAAAACUGCGUUCAUGGGCAAGAGGUCAAGGCUGCGGAAAGCAGGGGACUGGUCGGUCUGUUGUUGGUGCAGCCAUUACAGGACACGCCAAGACCAACGUCAAGACAGGCGGCGGUUCCUUGAGAACAAGUCAGUCGGCCACUGGAAGCAGUUCUGUCUCAAACGCACCUGCUCCUCGUAAACUGGAGAAGGGGCGAAGUAUACUCUCCAGUGUGUCCGAUAGGAGUAGUCGAUUUGCAUAGUAUCUGCGUAGUAUCUAUUAGCAUCUUGAUUCACGUUCGAUCUUACG